AUGAAGGAAGAAAACCGGCAGGUGAAAGAGGAAAACCGGCAGGUGAAGGAGGAAAACCGGCAGGUGAAGGAAGAGAAUCGGCAGGUGAAGGAGGAAAACCGGCAGAUGAAGGAGGAAAACCGGCAGAUGAAGGAGGAAAACCGGCAGAUGAAGGAGGAAAACCGGCAGAUGAAGGAGAACAGGCGGCUAAAGGCAAAUGUAAGGCUUCUCGUCGACAGUAACGGAAGCAACAGCGACAGCAACGACGGCAACAGCGACAACAACGGCGAUAGCUUCUACAUCGGCAGCAUCGGCAGCACCAACUUCAGCGGCACCAGUGACGGCAGUGACAGCAGUGACAUUAGGCACUUUGGCGACACAAAUCAGGUAGUCAACAAUAGGAGAAGGGAUCAAAGACACAGACAGAGGACCGUAAACAUGCUACGACAACAGCAACAGCAGCAACAGCAGCAACAGCAGCAACAGCGGCAACAGCGGCAACAACGAAGAAGGGAGGAACAACAGAGGCUUGCCCGGGACCAGCAACGACAACAACAGCAGCAGCAGCAACAACAACACUACCAUGCUCUGCUGCGUGUUUUAGAUGAGGCGCGAAGGACUUCGAGAAGGGGACGCGUCCGCAAACCGGCAGGUGCUGUACAGAUGACCCUGGGAGGAGGCAUGACCAAUUAUGUCCAGCCUCAGUCGCCACCAGCCUCAGUCGCCACCAGCCUCAGUCGCCACCAGCCUCUGUUGCCACCUGCCACCAGCCUCAGUUGCCACAUGUCUCCAGCCUCAGUUGCCACCAGCCUCAGUUGCCACCAGCCUCAAUUGCCACCAGCCUCAGUUGCCCCCCUGCCACAAGCCUCAGAUGCCACAUGUCUCCAGCCUCAGUUGCCACCAGCCUCAGUUGCCACCAGCCUCAAUUGCCACAAGCCUCAGAUGCCCCCCUGCCACAAGCCUCAGUUGCCACAUGUCUCCAGCCUCAGUUGCCACCAGCCUCAACCUUCAAUGGCCGCCGUCCGACAGCAUCAGUUGCCACCUGCUUCAGUCGCCACCAGCCUCACCUCAACCUUCAAUUGCCGCCGUCUGACAGCAUCAGUUGCCACCUGCUUUAGUCGCCACCAGCCCCAGUCGCCACCAGCCUCAGUUGCCACCCGCCUCAGUUGCCACCAGCCUCAGUUGCCAUCAGCCUCCAGCCUCAACCUUCAAUUGCCGCCAGCUGACAGCAUCAGUUGCCACCUGCCUCCACCUCCACCUGCAUCAACUUCCCUCUGCCUCAGGUACAUCAUCUGA